AUGAAAGCCCCGGAGGUCGAAAAGCCGGGCUGCGGGCAGCACCAACAGCUGGGACCACACGGAAGGUCAGGACAAUAUAAGGACAAAAGGCUUUUGGGAACACGUGAAAUUUUAAAUGAGGAAGACGAAGUACAACCAAAUGGAAAAAUUUUUAAAAAGGUGAUUCUUGGACACUAUAAUUGGCUCUCCUAUGAAGAUGUCUUCAUUCGAGCCUUUAAUUUUGGAAAUGGCUUACAGUUGUUGGGUCAGAAACCAAAGACCAACAUUGCCAUCUUCUGUGAGACCAGGGCUGAAUGGAUGAUUGCUGCACAAGUGUGUUUUAUGUAUAAUUUUCAGCUUGUCACAUUAUAUGCUACUCUAGGUGGUCCAGCAAUUGUUCAUGGAUUAAAUGAAACAGAGGUCACCAACAUCAUUACCAGUAAAGAACUCUUGCAAACAAAAUUGAAGGAUAUUGUUACUUUAGUUCCACGCCUGCGGCACAUCGUCACUGUGGAUGGCAAACCACCAACCUGGUCCGAGUUCCCCAAGGGCGUCAUUGUGCACACCAUGGCUGCAGUGCAGGCCCUGGGAGCAAAGGCCAACCUUGAAAACAAACCUCAUAGCAAACCGGCACCUUCAGAUAUUGCAGUGAUCAUGUACACGAGUGGAUCCACAGGGCUUCCAAAGGGAGUUAUGAUCUCACAUAGUAACAUUAUUGCUGGUAUAACAGGGAUGGCAGAAAGGAUUCCAAGAUUGGGAGAAGAAGAUGUAUACAUUGGAUAUUUGCCUCUAGCCCAUGUUCUAGAAUUAAGUGCUGAGCUUGUUUGUCUUUCUCAUGGAUGCCGCAUUGGCUACUCUUCGCCACAGACUUUAGCAGAUCAGUCUUCAAAAAUAAAAAAAAGAAGCAAAGGGGAUACAUCUAUGCUGAAACCAACACUGAUGGCCGCUGUUCCGGAAAUCAUGGAUCGGAUAUACAAAAAUGUCAUGAAUAAAGUGAAUGAAAUGAGUAGUUUUCAGCGCAAUCUAUUUAUUCUGGCCUAUAAUUACAAAUUGGAACAAAUUUCAAAAGGGUAUAGUACUCCACUCUGUGACAGGUUUAUAUUCUGGAAAGUACGAAGCUUGCUAGGGGGAAACAUCCGGCUUCUGUUGUGUGGAGGUGCUCCACUUUCUGCAACCACACAGCGAUUCAUGAAUAUCUGUUUUUGCUGUCCAGUCGGUCAGGGAUAUGGACUCACUGAAUCUGCUGGAGCUGGAACAAUUACAGAAUAUAAGGUCUUGAACUGGUAG